AUGUCCACUCACACCGAAGUCAACGUGCCCGCCCUCGGCAAGAUCAACCUCCCCACUGGGCUGUUCAUCAACAACGAGUGGGUCCCCGCAAAGUCGGGUGAGACCUUUGACACCGUCAACCCCGCCACCGGCGAGAAGCUCGUCGCCGUCGCCCACGCCGGUAAGGAGGAUGUCGACGCCGCCGUCGCUGCUGCCCGCAAGGCCUUCAAGACCACCUGGGGCCGCAAGAUCGCCGGCGCUGAGCGCGGUGCUCUCCUGAACAAGCUCGCCGACCUCCUCGAGCGUGACGCCGAGAAGGUUGCUGCCAUCGAGUCGCUCAACUCUGGCAAGGGUGUUCGUAUCGCCCGCGAGGGUGACGUCGGUGACUCGGUCGCCUGCCUCCGCUACUACGCCGGCCUCGCCGACAAGAUCUUUGGCCAGACCAUCGACCAGUUCGGCGACGAGAAGAUCUGCUACACCCUUCACCAGCCCAUUGGUGUCUGUGGCCAGAUCAUCCCCUGGAACUACCCCCUCCUCAUGUGGGCAUGGAAGGUCGGCCCCGCCCUCGCUGCCGGCUGCUGUGUCGUCAUGAAGCCCUCCGAGCUCACCCCUCUCACCGCCCUUAUGCUCUGUGACCUCGCCAAGGAGGCCGGCAUCCCCGCCGGUGUCAUCAACACUGUUCCCGGUCUCGGUGCCACCACUGGUGAGAUCAUUUCUCGCCACCUCGACAUCGACAAGGUCGCUUUCACUGGCUCGGUCGGCACCGGCCGCAGGAUCUCGGUCGCCGCUGCCGAGUCCAACCUCAAGAAGGUUACCCUUGAGCUUGGCGGCAAGUCGCCUCUCCUCAUCUUCGACACGGCCGACCUCGAGGAGGCUGCCAACUGGACCUCGCUCGGCAUCUGGUUCAACUCUGGCCAGGACUGCUGCGCCAGCUCGCGCAUCUACGUUCAGGAGACUGUGUACGACAAGUUCCUCGAGGUGCUCAAGCGCCGCGCCGAGGCUGCUGCCAUUGGGCAGCCGCAUGACGAGAAGACUUCGUUCGGCCCCCUCAUCUCGGCUGGCCAGCGUGACAAGGUCCUCAGCUACAUCAACAGCGGCAAGGAGCAGGGUGCGCGUAUCGUGACCGGUGGCCAGAAGUGGCCCCAGUCUAACGGCGGCUUCUGGGUCGAGCCCACGAUCAUCGCCGACGUUGACGAGUCGAUGAAGGUCGUCCAGGAGGAGAUCUUUGGCCCCGUCAUCGUCGCCGCCAAGUUCAAGACUGAGGAGGAGGCUAUCGAGCUCGCCAACAACACCACCUACGGCCUCGCCGCUGGUGUCUUCACCAACGACGCCCGGCAGAUGACCCGCAUCUCGGGUGCCCUCGACGCCGGCACUGUCUGGUGCAACCAGUACGGUCUCCUCCACGCCGGGGUUCCCUUUGGCGGCUUCAAGCAGUCUGGCAUCGGGCGCGAGCUCGGCACCUACGGUAUCGAGGCGUACACCCAGGUCAAGGCUGUGCACCAGAACCUCUCGCAGACGAUCGAGUGGCCUCUCUAA